AUGACCGAAGCUACUGUUCUCAUUGUUGGUGCAGGAACCUUCGGCACUUCCACUGCCUAUCAUCUUGCAAAUACAUACAAAGACCCUAGUCGUGUCACAGUCAUCGACAGAUGGGCUCCUUCAUCUCCUACAAAAGCUGCAGCCGCCAUAGAUGUCAAUCGUAUCAUAUAUACUGACUACACCAGCCCUUUGUACUGCAACCUCGCAAACGAGGCCAUCCAUCCAUGGUUCUGGAGCCAGGAUCUCGGCCACUUCUUCCACAAGACCGGAAUGAUGGUUCUUGACGAUCAAGGCAAUGACUUUUCUGAACGCGUCCGACACACCCUUCAGCAGCGGGGGUCUGAUUAUACCAAAAAUAUCGAUGUCUCACAUACUGCAAAGCAAUGGGAGGUGCUCAAGGGAAUGAAGACGGACGAUGUAGGAAAAUCGUACUUCAACCCAGAAGCUGGUUGGGCCGACGCUGCACUGGCAACUGCCAACUUCAUGACUGCCGCCGAAAAGAAAGGUGUCAGACGAGUGGUUGGCGAAGUUGAGGAGCUGUUGUUCGAUGUCCAACGGCAAAGGCUGUUAGGUGUCCGUACCAGCGAUGGUCGGAGAUUUACAGCGGACCAGAUCGUACUCGCAGCGGGGGCAUGGACAAGCAGCAUGCUUGCGCCAAUCGAAGACGCGUUGCGAGUUCAAGCACAGGACCGCAUCGAACGCCAGAUACAGGCCGUAGGAAGGCUGUCGGUGUACUAUACACUCUCAGCAGAAUUGACGGACCGUAUGUGCAAGACGAACAUGCCGAUCAUCGCAUAUCGACAGCAAGCCAUCUUGACACCUCCGUCAUUUGAAAAUCGAACCCUGAAGAUCAAUGACAUCAGCACGGAAUUUGUUAACAUGGUUGCUACAAAAUCUGGACACCAGAUAUCGGUUCCUUCAAACCGACUCCAGGAAGACGUCCCUGACAACCUCAAAACAAAGACGAACAACGCCUUGCAGUUGAUGAUACCUUGGUUCUCUUCAGAGCAAACUCCGGAACGAUGGAGAGCUUGCUGGGAUACGAAAACGCCAACUGGCGACUGGCUUCUGUGCAAGCAUCCGCAUCCGCAGUUGGAGAAUCUAUUUCUCACAGCCGGCGGCAAUUUCAACAGCUACAAAUCGAUGCCGAUUGUGGGUAAGUACGUGUGUAAUAUACUGAAGGGGAAAAGCAAUGGGACCGAGAAAGACACAGCUUGGGGAUGGAAGAGCGGGGAGACAUUAAGAGACGGCGGCCGCAAACAAGAGUUGGGCUGCAAAGAGACAAAUGGUGUUCGCCCAAACUUCGACGCCUACGGGAGCACUAGGUUUCCUUCCAGGUUGUAG